GACGCACUUCCGGUUCCCUUCGCUUAGGUCGCCUGGAAAUUGUGUCCUCCGUCGGUUUUCCGCAGUUUUCCAGCAAGCGGGUUAUUUUCGGGAGUUAGUUCCUAAGUAACUGCAUUAUCUGCUCCUUUCAUGACGAAAUUGCUGCGGUGGGGAAGACUGGAGGAAACUAAAGCAAAGGGGAGAAGCCGACGAGUGCUGGAGGGGCUAGGAACUGUGAUGCUUGGGUGUUAGCGUUUCCCGCCGGGCCAGUAAGGCUGUGUGACCCGGCUUGGCUACCGGGAGAGAAGGACGGACGGUGCUGCUAGUGGGGGAAUAUGUCGAGUUUCUCCAGGGCGCCCCAGCAAUGGGCCACUUUUGCUAGAGUUUGGUAUCUCUUAGAUGGGAGAAUGCAGCCACCUGGCAAACUUGCCGAUAUGGCAUCAAUAAGACUUCAGGGAUUACAUAAACCUGUGUACCAUCAACUGAGUGACUGUGGGGAUCAUGUUGUUAUAAUGAAUACAAGACACAUUGCAUUUUCUGGAAACAAAUGGGAGCAAAAAGUAUACUCCUCGCAUACUGGCUACCCAGGUGGAUUUACACAAGUAACAGCUGCCCAGCUUCACCGGAAGGAUCCAGUGGCAAUUGUAAAAUUAGCUAUUUAUGGCAAGCUGCCAAAAAACCUUCACAGAAGAACAAUGAUGCAAAGGUUGCAUCUUUUCCCAGAUGAGGAUAUUCCAGAAGAUAUUCUUAAGAAUUUAGUGGAAGAGCUUCCACAACCACGAAAAAUACCUAAACGUCUGGAUGAGUACACACAAGAAGAAAUAGAUGCUUUCCCAAGACUGUGGACUCCACCUGAAGAUUUUCGGCUAUAAGAGAACAAGAAUUUCAGAAAAUCACAGUGAAGUGAUUGAAACUUUCUUUUGAUGAGUUUCUCUAACCUUCAGGAUGGAGUAAAACAGCUGCUACAGUUCAGCACCUAUUAUAUGUACCCAAUGUUUGUGGGGAAAGUUCAGGAAGGUGUAUUCCUUCAAUAGGAAAUUGUAUUCAAAUAUACUAUUUUAUAGAAUUGUUUCUACAUAUUCUGAUUUGAAUGUUAUAGUUGAUAAAAAUAAAAUCACUUACAUGGUUGACUA